CAAGAGAUCCAAAACAUAUUUGUGGAAGAGUUGAGUUUAAAGCUUCCUUGUCGUUUUCAAAACAGAAAGAUGAUGACAUUGAAGAGGGAGAUCUCCCUGAACACAAGAGGCCUCCGGCACCAAUAGAUUUCUCAAAAAUAGAUCCAGGCAAGCCUGAAAGCAUCCUGAAGCUAACAAAGAAGGGGAAGACUUUGAUGAUGUUUGUCACAGUGUCGGGAAAUCCCACGGAAAAGGAGACAGAAGAAAUCACCAGCUUGUGGCAGGGCAGCCUCUUCAACGCAAACUACGAUGUGCAAAGGUUUAUUGUUGGCUCCAAUCGGGCCAUCUUCAUGCUGCGGGAUGGUGGCUACGCCUGGGAGAUCAAAGACUUCCUGAUAAAUCAGGAAAGGUGUGCAGAUGUUACUCUGGAAGGUCAGGUUUAUCCUGGCAAAGGAGCAGAUGGAAAUGAGAAAGUGAAAAACAAAACAAAACCUGAAAAAGCAAAGAAGAAAAAAGAUGCAGAGAAGAAAUCUGACGGUGUCAAAGAGGACAACCGCAACCAACCAGAGAGAGGAGCUAUGACAGCCACGGUACCAGACUGAGUCCUGCUCUGCUGCUCCUUGAAGGGCAUCUGCUGAGGAGUCCUGGGUUUUGGGGAGGAAGGAAGCAGAGACUACUGAAGCUUAAAUUUAUGUUGAAAUCACCAGUUUACUCAUUGCUGUUGGCCAUUUGUUUAGUUACAGGAAAGGUAACGCUUCAUGUCAGCAAUUGACUGCUUUGGUUUGUAAUUUUUUUAUGCUUUUGUUGUUGUUUAAAACUAGCAUUCAAAUCAGUGUGUCUAACAUCACAAAUUUAAUUUAAGUGGAAAAGAAGAAUUAUGGUUUCAGAACACACUGAUGGUCAUCUGUAGUAGCUGUGUCCAUCUUGGCUUCGCAGCUGCUGUCAGAGAGCCAGGUGCAGUGUGAAAAGAUUCUCUUGGAAGAUGGUUUGAUAGACACAGCUGGCACAAAACUGCCCAAAGUUGCAAAGAGUAGUGGCCAAAGAUGCCUGAAAUUACGGGAUUUAGGACAUGUUUGGUUAGACUGCCUGUUUCUUUAAAAUUGUCUCAACCCAUUGUGUCCCAGGAAAUCUGUGGGUAGGGACUCUGCUCAUGCACUCCAGACCUGUUCAGGAGGGACACUGUGUGCCCUUCAGAAGGGAAUGGAACUGCAGCACCUGCAUGAGCAGUGUCAGGGUGACAGGUGGAGACGAAUCCAUGGCAUUCAGGUUGCUCCUGCUGCUGAAGGACUGUGCCUGUGGAAGCAGCUGUUCUGUGUGCCUGUUACUCAUGCAGUGAGCUGGAACAAAAAUCUGAAUUAUUUAAUCUGAAAUUAAUUUGGUUUACUGAUUCAAUGGUUUGUUCAAAUAUUUGAAAAAGUGCUAGUUACAGCACAGAGUUAAACUUUGAGUUAGACAUAGCACUUACUGAUGCUGAGCUGGUCAGAUUUUGGUGGGGUUUUUUUCUUGGUACAGAUUCCUGACUGAUGUGGUUGAUUGUAAAUGACCAUUUGAUUUGAAUACUAUGAAGCUGGACAUAUGGAAGCCAAUACUUUGUAUAAUUGGGGAGGUUUUGUUACUACUCAGAUUGUUUUCAAAUGCUUUGCUUAGAAUUGUUUCCCUUCUGCCUUACUACCAGUUAAGGACUAAAGGCACCGAGUAGUGUGGUCCACAUCAUUUUGCAGAGGAUGAGCCACAGUAUCAACUGUCUUCAUUCAAUCCUGGGAUGGUGUUACUUUUUCUUUAAGGUGCUAAAAUCCAAGUGUUUUGGAUAAAAGGUCAUAAUUGAACCAUAAUGGUUGAUCUUGUGGAAUACUUCAGUAUCAAAAGUAUAAAACUGUGACUGAGUCCUUGUCCUAAAAUAAAAUAUGUCACUAAACUUACUGUUUUGAAGAGUAGUAAAACCUUUUAAAUAGAUCUGCAUUUGGUUAUGUAUUCAAGAGGCAGACUAACUCAUCUUUGGUUUCUGUAUGUAAGGACUGCAUGAUGUUGAUGAUGGUUCCAGUUGAUUCAUUUCAUUUAAUUUUAAUUAUAUUUGUAUGAAUUUAGAUUAAAGAAACCCUUGCAGCUACACUUCAUUAAACAGGCCUGUACCUGUUUGAGUGGAAAAUUAAAAUUUGUUUCUUCAGGAUUAACUAUUCUCUUUUAUAUUCUCCUACUAAUGCAGAUGUGCAGCAGAGUUGAGAAGAGUCUCAGUAGGUAUUUGGAUAGUUGAGAUGUGCAGUCCAAUUCUUGUGCAUAACUGAUUUAUCAUUUGGUCACAUAUUCUGGGUUAGCACCACCCUUUGUAAACAAUAAUGCUUCUCUUCUCAAGGGAGGAACAGGCCACAUGAAACUAUAAAAAUGAAAUAUAAAUGAGUUUUUGCUUUUCAGAGUUAUGGUUUAGAGGUGAUAAUUCAGAUUUUGAUAAGAAAGACAUAGAAGUGCAGUUUUGUAUUCCUCUUAAUGUUAUUUCCUUUUUGAUCAGCGGGUUUGAGACCAUUGGAGAAACAAUUGCUACACUAAAGCUAUAGCCCAUAUUUUGAGUAUAGAUACUUCAGUCUCAUAAAUCUGCAUUUACAGUAGAUUGGGUCUUUCCCCUUUGAAAUUAGAAGAAGCUUUGUUGAAAUUGAACCAGCCAAUUGACCUUCUUUUUUUGGUUGGCUGGUUGGUUGUUUCUGAGUCAGUUGCCCAUGCCAAAUGUAGGUAUGUCUUGUGCCACAUAGCUUAAUCAAAUUUCAAAGUGUUUGGGGUUUUUUUGGUUUGGUUUUUUUUUUUAGGUUUUUAGUCUGUGUGCUGACUUGGGAGUAACUUUCUGAUAUAAAACACAAAAUGCUGCCUUCACAAAAUAAGUUUCUCCUUAUCUUCCAUAUUUCUUCUCCCUUUUCCAUGCUUUACACUAAACAAAUACUGAAAUAUACCAGUAAAUGUAACAUGGCAGUCUGGCAGGAGCUGCUUUACCUCAGCCAGUCUUUCUCUGAGUCUUUUCUCAGCCAGUCUUUUCUCUCAAUAACUUGAAUUGCCUUUUAAAACUGGUAAAGUCUGAGACAGUUGCACUUGUCCUGGGACAGUGUUACAUAACCAAAUGUUUGGUGAUGAUUUAAG